AUGUGGCAUGCUAGUGCACCUCGAACCUCAGGAAUGGUAGGUUUAUCUCUUGGAGAAAAACAUUUCAUACAAGGUGGCAUCGCUCAUGAUCUUCGAUGUGAUGGUAGAAAGAGAUUGACUUAUCGGCGGAUCUCAGUUGAAACUGGAGUGAUUCCUCAUGCAAAUGGUUCAGCUCAAGUCAGAAUCGGUGGCACAGAUGUCAUUGCCAGCAUUAAGGCUGAACUUGGAAAGCCAAGCUUGUUGCAACCUGACAAAGGAAAAGUCUCUAUAUAUAUUGAUUGCAGUUCAACUGCAGAGCCAGCCUUUGAGGGUAGAGGGGGUAAUGAGUUGGCAGCAGAACUAUCAAUUGCUCUUCAACGCUGUCUCUUGGGUGGUAAAAGUGGAGCAGGUGCUGGAAUUGACCUUUCAUCACUUAUUGUCGUUGAAGGAAAAAUUUGUUGGGAUCUUUACAUUGAUGGGCUUGUUGUUAGCUCAGAUGGAAAUUUGUUGGAUGCUCUAGGUGCUGCUAUUAAGGCUGCUUUGUGCAAUACAGGCAUUCCAAGAGUCCAAGUUGCUGCUGGAACAUCAAAUGAUGAGCAACCAGAAGUUGACGUAAGCGAUGAGGAGUUUCUGCAGUUUGACACAUCUGGAGUUCCAGUCAUAGUUACACUGACUAAGGUUGGGAGGCACUAUAUUGUGGAUGCAACAUCAGAAGAGGAAUCACAAAUGAGCUCUGCUGUUUCUAUAUCUGUUAAUAGGCAAGGCCACAUUUGUGGUAUGACCAAACGAGGAGGUGUAGGGCUGGAUCCAAGCAUCAUUCUUGAUAUGAUAUCUGUUGCUCAGCAUGUCAGCGCGCAAUUAAUAAACAAAUUGGAUUCAGAAAUAGCUUCUGCUGAAGCUGAAGAGGAGACAUGA